UCCAUCUUCUCCACCGCCCCUCCCAAACUUGGCAAACGCUCGAAAUCGCCCCAAUUUACCCCAUUAAGCCAGCAGCCAGGCCGGCGAGGCUGCGUGCAUGCAUGCGGCGACGUCGGCCGGCAGCAUGGCUCUGAACGACAUCGGACGGGGCAGCACCGGCGCCGGCAUCAGCAGCAGCGGGAGCGGCAACGGCAUCAGCCGCGGCGCGGCAGCCGGGACGCAGGGACAUGCCGGGACGACGUCUAAAAAGCGCCUCGUGAUGAUCAUCGCCGACCCGGGCCGUGAGUCCACAGCGGCGAUGGAGUGGGCACUGUCCCACUCCAUCGUCGAGGGCGACGACAUCUUGCUCCUCCACGUCAACAUGCCUCCGAGCGGCGCCCCGGGCGGUGCGCCCCCCUCGCGAACCGGCUCAGGCGGGAGCUCCAGUAGCUCGUCGCUCGGCGUGUUCCUCGGCGGCGGGGGCUCAGCGGACGCGGAGUUCAUGGAGACGAUGCGCGCCGCGUGCAAAGCGCGGCACCCGCGCGCGAGGAUCCACGCGGAGCGCGUCGAGCCGGCCACCGAGGGCCGCGAAGCCAAGGCGCAGACCAUCCUCGCCGAGUCCCAGCGCCGCGGCGUCGAGCUCCUCGUGAUCGGCCACCGCCGCUUCUCCUCCUUCCUCGGGUUACGGAGCGCGAGCGGGUCGAGCCGAGGGCACGACAGCACGGCGGAGUUCUUGAUCGAGCACAGCAAGUGCCUGUGCGUGAGCGUACAGAAGAAGGGACAGAACGCCGGCUACCUGCUCAACACCAAGACCCACAAGAACUUCUGGCUCCUCGCAUGAACUUACAGACUCGUACACAUAUUGACUAGAUCGAUCAAAAAUACAUUUUUCAAUUUUCCCGUGCGUGUACCCACGUCAAUUUAGAGAAAUGCAUGCCUUGAUUGCAUCGAUUUAAACGAGUUCCGUGUGACUGGCCGGUUGAAAGAGGAGAGAGAUGAGGUGAUCUGUCAACUUUUGUUCGUCACAUCUCUUGAUGAUCA